AUGGGGAUAUCAAGUUCUAAAACAGAGAAAUGUGAAGCAUUACGUUUAUGCAAAGAAAGAAAAAAAUUCCUCAAAAAAGCAAUUGAUUCAAGGUAUGAUUUUGCAGCUGCUCAUCUUACUUACAUUCAAUCCCUUAAAAACAUAGGAAUUUCUUUAUAUAAAUUUGCAGAAUCUGAGGUUGUUUUGUUAGAUAAUUUAGACCCAUCUGCUAACUUGACUCAAAAUGAACAAACCCCGAAUCUUUCGCCCUUGACGCCGCAAGCCGGCGGUGGGUCCGGUGUGUCGAGUUUGAGUUAUAUGAGGUCUAGUGUGAGCAAUGCAGUUACUGUUAGUUUAAAUCCUAGUAAUAUUGAUAUUAGUACUAAUAAUAGGGUUUAUGUGAAUGAUGUGGAUUUUACAAUGCCGCCCCCUCCCCCGCCCCCGUUUGAAUCCGGGUCUACGUGGGAUUAUUUUGGUCCAAAUGAUGAAAAUGAGAGUUUUAGAUUUGUGGGUCAUGAUGGGUUUCAUGUGAAUUUUGAUAAUAUGAGCGUGCGUAAAGAUUUUGAUGUUAAAGAUAGUGGUGUGGAUGGGGGAGUUGUGGGGCGUGAUGAGUCUGCGAAAACUGAUGGAAAUGGGUCGGAUGGUGUUGCUUCAAAAACGGUGGAAUUGGAUAAUGGAAGUGAUUCUGUUGGUGGUGGUGUUUUGGUUUGUAGAAAUUCUCAAGCGGAAUCGAAUAAAGAUAGUUGUUUGACUGAGGGAGAAAGAGAGGAUCCUUCUGAGUUUAUUACACAUAGGGCUAAGGAUUUUCUUUCUAGCAUCAAAGACAUUGAGAGUCGGUUCUUUCGAGCAUCUGAAUGUGGGAAAGAAGUUUCGAGAAUGUUGGAGGCAGAUAAAAUCUGGGUUGGCUAUUCUGAGGCUAAAGGGAGCUCGACCGCAUCAAGUUUGUUGUGUGUUAAUUGUUGUAGAGGAAAAACAGCUCUGGUUUCACAUGAACCUCAACAUGUGACAAAAGUUAUUACAUGGAAGCGGUCAACAUCCUCACAUUCAUCAUCUUCACGAAACCCUUUAGCUUCAACAUCGAAAGAUGAUAAUGAUGAUAGUGGAAGCGAUUUUAUAGAAGAAUUUUGCAUGAUUGCUGGAAGCCAUUCUUCGACUCUUGAUAGACUUUAUGCAUGGGAAAGGAAGCUCUAUGAUGAAGUGAAGGCCAGUGAAUCUAUUAGGAAAGAAUAUGACAGAAAGUGUGACACGCUGAGACACCAAUUUGCGAAGGAUCAAAAAACGCAUGUGAUUGAUAAAACACGAGCUCUAGUGAAAGAUCUUCAUUCAAGAAUCAUAGUUGCCCUGCACACUGUUGAUUCCAUAUCUAAACGGAUUGAAAAAAUGAGAGACGAAGAGUUACAACCACAACUCCUAGAACUCAUUCAAGGCCUAAACAGGAUGUGGAAAGCUAUGCUCGAGUGCCAUCACGCACAGUAUAUAACUAUCUCAUUAGCUUACCAUAUAAAGAAACAGAAAAAUGGAACUCGUCAAGAAGAAAGAAACAAGCAGAUAAUGGAUGAACUUCAAAACGAGAUUGAAUGCUUUGGUUUAAGCUUUGCAGACAUGGUAAACAGUCAAACUUCAUAUGUUGAAUCAAUCAACAGUUGGCUCCAAAACUGCAUCAUACAACCUAAAGAACGUCUGAGAAAGCGACCCUGGUCUCCUCGAAGGUCUGUGGGUCCACCUAUAUUUGUAAUAUGUCGUGAUUGGUCAGCUGGAAUCCAAAGUCUCCCUUCUCAAGAACUAAAUGAUGCCAUUAAAGCGUUUUUAGCUCAUCUCCAUCAGCAUUCAGCUCAAGAUGUUGACCAAAAAGAGACCUCUUUGACUGGAGAGGAGGAUAAAGGUGAAGAAGAAAGGAAGAAUGAUGAUGAGACGCCUUUGAACUUGCGGUCAAUGCAUUCGAGUUUGACUAAAGUUCUUGAUGGGUUAACCAAGUUUUCCGAGGCUUCAUUGAAGAUGUAUGAAGAUAUUAAGCAGAAAAGUGAGGCUGCUCAAAGUAUGUAUUCAAAUUACAGGCCACCACCAAGAGCUUUCAGCAUAUGAAGUUUUCUGUUUUGAGAAAAUUAGCAAGUGGAUUUUUGAACUGUGAAAAUUAGCAUGUAGUCUUUUGUCAUGUGAAGGAAUAGGCAACUUGAUUAA